AGACUGCAAAAAGGGUUUAUGUCAAAAGUGUCAAAAAAAGAAGUCUCCACUCUUCAGUUCUUUGGUCUCCUGGUUCCCAUUUCCAGAGGCAGCCGCUGUUCCCCGUUCCUUGUAUCAUUUCAGAAAAACCACGUAAGGACAAGCAUACCCGUGUGUAUGUAAACCCCCUUUCUCUUCCUUUUCUUCACAAAAUGGUAACACCAUAUACACUAUUUUACUCAACGCGAAGAGUUCCAUGUCAGUACACACAAAGCUACAUAAUUUUUAAAGGUCAUAUAAAAUUCCUUUGUGCGCUGGUACCAACGUUUUCUUAACUCUUAAUGAUGGACAUUUAUCUCGUUUCCAGUUUUUGCUAAUGAUGCUUCGGUGAAUUUUCUAGAACAAGUCUGGUGGGGGUGCUAACAUAUCUGUAGAAUUAGCUCCUGAAACUGAACUGGUUUGGGGCAAAGGGCAGAGUGCAUUUUCAGUCAUAAUGGGUACUGCCGAAAUGCCCUUAGAAGAUGUACCAUUUAAUUAAUUUUUAAUUAUACAGAUAAUACAUAAAUACAUUCUUCUUGUGAAAUACACCAUUACAAAUUAGGCAAAAGUCCCCUAAUGACCUCUCCUAUUUCUCCAGAGGAAGCUGCUAUCAUACCUUUGUGGAUUAUUUUUCUGGACGCAUUUUGCCACAGUUAAAUCUAUGGACAGGGCUUUAAAACUUGUUCUGUUUUUCAGAUGAAAAUGAAGAAUUCGUAUAAGCACAUGGCACACAAGGGUGUAUAGCUAAAAGAAGUCUUUUUCUUCACUGCUGACCCGAGUACUUGGUUAUCUUGUUUUCCAUUGCCUUCUGUUUCCUUCCAAUGAUAUGAUAUUCUCUACACCUACAAGCACAUAUGGAAAUAUACAUUAGGAAGAUAGUUUCAUUGGCUUGGUGGCAGAUGGCUUCAUUGGUCGCUGGGCCUGUGGGGUCCCAGCUGCAGUGAUGAGUGUGUUAAGUACUUUCAUCUCUGUUCCCUACCAGUUGUUCCAUUCUGUAGGCAGUCUGAGGUCAUUACUCCAUUUUACAGUAGAGGAAAUGAAGGCUCAGAGAAGGGACCUGCCCAAGGUCACUCUGCCUAAAGUCUUCAAUUCAUGUCUCAGUCAUCAGAUGACUACCCUUUUCUCUUCCCCCCUCCUUAUAACUGAAUUCUGUUUGGUCAGUCAUGUCCAAGCACAUUUUAAGACACGUACUCUGAGCCAGUCUAGGUUGGAGAUGGAAGAGACAGGUUAAAAUAAAACAAGAAGGCACUUUUUUUUUUUUUUUUAGUGACUAGUGUAGGUGAAUAGCGAAGGACAUACUUUUGGAGUCAGAGCCAGGCUUGAGGUCUGGCUUUCUCCUUUACUGUGUGACCACAGAACCUAAUUUUGGAGGUUCUACACACUAGCACAUGCAGUUCUUUAUUUUGGCUUCGCUUUUCUCGUGUGUUUGCCACUUCCCAGGCGAACCCUGCAAGGAGUGUGGCGGUUUCCAUUUAAUAGCUGAAGAAAUUGGGACUGUGGGAAGGCUGCUGGUAAAUAGCACAGCCCAGGUCCUCCUGAUCCCAAAGCCCGAGCUCUUUCACCUGCUUCCCCAUGUCACUUCACACUACCCCUGCCCCCUUCUAAUGUAUGCAUUUAUGAAGAGCCUCUUUGUAGGACAAAAUGUUUCAUGCACCAGCCUUAUCCCAUAUAACCAAAUGAUAACCCCCAAGGAUUUGGCAGGUCCUUAGUUUGGUCUACAGUUAGCAGGUCUACAGUUGUAAAACUGUAGAAGAAAAGAAGAGGGAUUUUUUUCUCUUCUUGUACCUACAGUGUGGCUCUUCUUACUUCCUGAGUGAGGAGACUUUCCUUAUCUUCUUAUAGGCGUUAAAAUGUGACCUGAAUGCAGUGGAAUGGUGAGACCGAGGCUGCCACUAUCCUUCCUUCAAUAGAGCAGAUUCCCACCCUUUUCGGAGAAAUGAGGAAAAAUGAGGGGAAGGACACGCACAUUUGAGUACCUGCUCUGGCCCAUGGUUGUUGCUGAGAACUUGCAUGUGUGCAACAACCCUAAGGGGUGCCUGUUUUUCAGAUAAAGAAACCGAGGCUUGGGAAGUAAAGUGCCCUGGGCUGGUGUUUACCUGACUCUGCUGCUGCUAACCUGGAUCUGGUUAAUACCAUUGCUUAUCAUCCUAACUCAUAAAUCCACAGCCAUCUCUGCCUUCAUGAGACGGCUCCAGCGGCUGAGUCCCUGCUUCUGACAGCUGGACUCCUACAAUGCUGGGCCUGCACUUCUCACCUGUUUGCCCUCCAUUUCCACGCCGUAGGCAGUGAACUCCAUCUUCAGAGGCUCAUCAGAUCAUGUCAACCCUCAGCUCCAACACUUCCCAGUGGCUUCUCUUUGUGCUUCGAGGAAAAACCCAGCCUCUUCUUUGUGGGCCACAGAACCCACGGUCGGGCCUCUGUCUUCCUCUGAGCAUCGUCCCUUGCCCCCCACCUUUAGUCUCACCGACCUCAUUUCUACUUAUUGAAUGGGCCAGUCUUUGUACCUGCUGUUCCCUCUGUUUGGUACAUCUGGCUUCUCAUUUAUAUCUUAGCUCGAGUGUCACCUCAGAGAGGGCUCCUCUGACUGACCUAGCUAGAGUAUCCUCAGCUCUCUCCCCUAUGUACUUUCUCAUGUCCCUGUUUUAUUUCCUUACAGCCCUUUUUACCAUCUGGUAUUUCUUAUGUGUUUACUUGUUGAUUGUCUCUGUCCUCCAUGAGAAUAGAAUAGGAAUCAUGUCUGUCUUCUUCCCCAACAUAUUCUUAGCAUUUGGGCCAGAGCCUGGUGUGUGAUAGGCAUUCGGUUAGUUUGAAUGGAUGAAGCUGUGUACCAGUUCCUGGGCGGGAUGGUAACAGUGAGCAAAGAACUUUCUUCAUGGGUUAGUGGACAGAAGGCAAUCAGCAUGGAGCCUGGCCUGUAGUAGGUACACUAUCGAUGUUGAUUCUUUUCCCUCCCUCUGGGAGCUAAUAGCAGAGCUGGGGAGGGGGCAUUGUCAAAUGUGCAGAGUGACCUAUCAGAGCUUUUGGCACACAGGCCAAAAGCACUUUGCUGUGGGUGGGGUAUAGGGUGUGAUAGGGAACAAAGAGCCUUCCUAGUGGAGGAAAUGCCUGGUUAAGGAUCUGUGACUUAAACCCGCCUUUUUGUCUGUUUAGAGUCAGAGAUAACUGCUACCGUUUAGUUGUGUCUGGAAACCAGCAUGGCGUGUAGGGAGACAUGUCGAAGAUAAAGGUAGAAGGGUUAGUGGGCCAGAUCCUAUAGAGUGGUAAGUAUUGGGCUUAGAUUAGGCCCUUAGUGUAGAUUUCUCCUAAGGUUCUUGGAAGGCUUUUAAAGCAGGGUUGUGACAGGAUCGGGCCUGAGCUUUGGAACUAUGCAACAUUGCUGGGCAAGAACUCCUACUGGCAGCAGGGACUGCACCUAAACCUGGGAUUGCUGGAAGAUUGGGCUCCUGUUGGAGUUCCCGGCUUGCUGUGAAUGAUUUAGACUCUUUGCUGAAUACAUUAUCCCCAGUAGGAGGAAAUUAGAAUGAUUGUCUGAGUUCCACGAUGAUAUCUCUGAAGUUUAAUAUAUCUUAUAUUAAAGCCUGUUCUCUUUAAUUCCAUUGCUCCCCUCCCCCUCAAAGUGCUUUCACUACCCAAAAGAAUCCUUUCUUAACUUAGAGAAAAUUGGGCUUUAUCUCCUUGAUCCAUGUGGCCAUAGAUAAAACUCCUGUGGUACUGGGGAGGUUAAUAGUGACAGUAAUACUCCGCAUUUAUUUAGUGCUGCCCUUAUGCUAUGGGUUUUUUUUUUUUUUUUUCCUUUUAACACUCAAAGCAGUCUUGUGAGGUAAGAGGUGAUAUUCCCAUUUUACAGAUGAAAAAUCAGGCUCAGAGAAGUCAGGAAGCAUAGUUCAUAAGUGUCAGAGCUGGGUUUGAACCCAUGUGGGUCUGACCACACAGCUCCUACUCUGGCAUUCUCAAUGGGAAUGAAAAAGUGUAUCCAUCCACUGCAGCCCCCUGCAGUAGUGUCUCAGGGCAGUAUUUUUCUCUAAUCCAUUUUAGGGUAUAAAUCUUUCAGGGUCAGAACUUCAAAAAGAUUCAGUAAUGUAUGUUUUAAAGACUUGGGUGGGGGGUGAGGGACUUGGACCCAUCCUCAAUCUAACUCUGGCAGGAAAGAGGAGAGCUGAAAAAUGCUGGUAUCUUGGCUUGGCAAUUUAUAGUCCUCUGGUGGCUGCUAGGAUUAACAGUGUAUUGUCUCCUGGUCUUUUGUUCCAGUUGUUAAUGAACAGCAGCUCUUCUGCCACGACUUGUCGCCCUGAUCCCUCGCCUCCUCUGCCCACCGUUUAAGCGCUGCUUCCUGCAGGGCUUGGACCCUCUCUGGGCCCUGCCUGGCUGGAGCCGAUGAGAGCUGCCAAAGCCUUGGGCCCAGAUCAUUGAUCUGAUGAUGCUGGUCAUCGAUGUGACCAAAGGGAUGCAGACCCAGUCCGCGGAGUGCCUUGUGAUUGGGCAGAUCGCCUGCCAGAAGCUGGUCGUGGUGCUGAACAAAAUAGACCUCUUAGCUGAAGGGAAGAGACAGGCAGCGAUUGAUAAAAUGACAAAGAAAAUGCAGAAGACCCUAGAGAACACCAAGUUCCGAGGUGCACCGAUUAUAUCCGUGGCGGCCAAGCCUGGGGGACCAGAGGCCCCCGAAACAGAAGCUCCACAGGGCAUCUCAGAGCUCAUUGAGCUCCUGACGUCCCAGAUUCCCAUCCCGACGAGGGACCCCUCGGGACCAUUCCUCAUGUCUGUGGACCACUGUUUCUCCAUCAGAGGCCAAGGCACUGUGAUGACAGGGACCAUCCUCUCAGGCUCCAUCAGCCUCGGCGACAGUGUGGAGAUUCCUGCCCUCAAGGUGGUGAAGAAGGUGAAGUCCAUGCAGAUGUUUCACAUGCCCGUCUCGUCAGCUAUGCAGGGAGACCGACUGGGCAUCUGUGUCACCCAGUUUGACCCCAAGCUGCUGGAGCGUGGCCUGGUGUGUGCCCCUGAGUCCCUGCACACUGUCCAUGCAGCCCUCAUCUCUGUGGAGAAGAUCCCGUACUUCCGGGGGCCCCUGCAGACCAAGGCCAAGUUCCACAUCACAGUGGGCCAUGAGACGGUGAUGGGCCGCUUGAUGUUCUUCAGCCCUGCCCCUGAUAGCUUUGACCAUGAGCCUGUGCUAGACUCCUUCGACUUCUCUCGAGAAUACCUCUUCCAGGAGCAGUACCUAAGCAAGGAUUUGGCACCAGAGGUGACAGACAGUGGCGAGGCUGACAAGAAGACGGGCCAGGCCACGGGAGGCCACUGUCCUCGGCAGCAGUGGGCCCUCGUGGAGUUUGAGAAGCCUGUCACCUGUCCUCGGCUGUGCCUGGUGAUCGGCUCAAGGCUAGAUGCAGACAUUCAUGCCAACACGUGCCGGCUGGCUUUCCACGGCAUCUUGCUCCACGGGCUGGAGGACAAGGACUAUGCCGAGAGUUUCUUGCCCAGGCUGAAAGUAUAUAAGCUCAAGCACAAGCAUGGCCUCGUGGAGCGGGUGAUAGACGACCACAGCGUGAUUGGCCGCUCCCUGUUCAAAAAGGAGACCAACAUACAGCUCUUCGUGGGCCUCAAGGUGCACCUGUCCACUGGGGAGCUGGGGGUCAUCAACAGCGCCUUCGGCCAGAGCGGCAAGUUCAAGAUCCACAUCCCUGGUGGCCUCAGCCCCGAGUCCAAGAAGAUCCUGACGCCCACCCUCAAGAAGCGGGGCCGGGCCGGACGAGGGGAGGCAGCCAAGCAGGAGGAGGGGGCAGAGCGGCCCGAGCCCACACAGCACGUGGCCCUCAGCCUGUCUUUCAAGCGUUACGUUUUUGACACCCACAAGCGCAUGGUCCAGUCUCCCUGAACGUUCCAGUGACCUCCCCCGGGGCCACCUUGCCCAGGCCCCGGGCUGGGCCGCGAUGCCAAAUGCCCAACCAGAUGUGCCUCGACCCCCUUUAGUACAUCCCUCCCCAUGACUCUGGAGGCACGGGCCCCCGGGCCUGGCACUGAGCCCCAUUGAGAAGCCUGGAGGAUGCGGGGGCAGUGUCACCAGUGCUGGGGCCGAGAGGGUCUGUCCCUCCACCCUGGCACCCUCCCACCUACUGGUGGCCAGUGUCUCCCCGGCUGCCCAGCCGGCAGCCAUGUGAGGGCCAAUCCAUGCCCUGACCCCAGGUGGCCUGGCACUUGCCAGCUGCAAAUAAAUGUCCUGUGGUGCCUGCUCUC